AACUCCACGUACUUACGUACCUCCGUACCUCCAGAUCACAAUAUUGUAUCGAGGUAACGGUAGAUCGAAUCGACUUUCGUCCCGGUAAGAGCGUCUGAGCGGCGUGCAUAAAGAUCACAAGUUGUUCUGCUUUUUUCGAAGAAACAAACCACUUCCUUUACCUCUUUCUUAUUGUGUCUUGAGCUUUUAUCCGUGCAGCUUUAAGAAUUUACAUUUGCACUUGCCACCGGAAAUUAUUGUACUUGAAAUCAAACAAAACUGAAACCUAGAACAAUAAGUGUUUUUAUUUUUUAUUUCCAGAUCAAAUGUAAGUGCGCGUGUGAUCGCGUGUGUGUGUGCUGCUGCAGCAACAACAAUAGCGCAAGAAAAUUUGCAGGAAGGGCUGUGGAGAACCGAAAAUGACGAGAAGACUAUCUUUAAUUUCUGGCCUGAUAUUCUGCACUUUCCUCUUGCUGUGUUUCGGACAUGCCAAAAUUCAGAACUACGGCAGAAGCAUUGGAACCUUGAAGGAAUAUGCUCAUGGCAUCAAAGGAGAUGUUUAUGCAGUUGAUGACACGACGAUAUUCAUCAAAGGUUUCACAUACGAUGGAACCGGUCCUGACGCAUUUUUUUGGGUUGGGAACGGUACCAGACCCUCGCCUGAUGGAUUUCUAGUCCCUUAUCCAGAAGACUAUGCUGGAAGAGACCCUCCGGUUUUGAGAGAGCAUGACAGUGAAGACAUCAUUUUGAGGCUACCGCAUGGCAUGAGGAUACGAGAUAUUAAGUGGCUCUCUGUGUGGUGUCGCAGAUUCACGGUGAACUUUGGAGAAAUCUUCUUUCCGCCUGAACUCGAAGUACCAAAGCCAAGAAUUUUGCCAGAAUUUUCGAGAUUAGCUCAUGGUCUGCGGAGUGGCAACAUCAGUAUUCUAGACAGCAAAACCUUCUACAUACCAAACCUCCAUUAUGACGGCGCCGGUCCAGACGCAUAUUUCUGGGUUGGAAACGGCUCUGAACCAAAUCACCUCGGAUUUAAAGUACCCAAUGAAAUGGGCAGUUUGGAACCAUUACGAGGAUAUCAAGGAGAAGACAUUGAAAUAGUUCUGCCAAAGAAUCUGACUGUAUACGACAUCGAAUGGUUGUCUGUAUGGUGUGUCCAGUACAAGCACAAUUUCGGACACGUGUUAAUCCCCAAAGAUCUCGAAGUUCCUCCUGCCCUUGGACAAACGAAGAUCACGACAAGUAGUACACCAUCGCCAAUUCUGCCAACACCAUCAACUCACGAGUUCAGCAAUUGCAAAGAAAUGUUAGAUGGUCGUGUCCAAGUUCAGUGGGAAGUUAUUGGUGAAGACAUAAAAAUCAAAGUAUCUGGAAAAAUUAACGAAGAUCAGUAUGUUGCCUUUGGUCUGUCUGGGCAAGAAAACAGAGCGAAAAUGAUUGGUGGAGAUGUGGUCGUCAUUGCAUACAAUAAAAAAACACGAAACUUCAUGGCAGUAGAUUAUUAUAUGUCCCACUUGUCCCAAUGUGAUGGGGAGAGAGGUGUGUGUCCAGAUGAACGAGUGGGAGGCAAAAACGAUGCUGUUUACAUUGAUGGAAGUCGCAAAAAUGGAGUCACUUCAGUGACAUACAUGCGACCCUUGAGAACGAAUGAGCCUGUAAAAGAUAAAAUGAUCCCAGAAUUUGAAACCAGUGUAAUCGCAGCCAUCGGAAGAUUAAACUCUAGAGGUGAAGCCAAUGCUCAUGAGCCAACCGAUCAAACAUCUGAGGACAUUCGAAUCGACUUUACUUCGAAACAUGUUCACAAAUGCAUAAAUUCCCUGUACAACUUGCCAGACACAACUGGAAUAAAGCCAUGGAAAAUUAAACAUAUUACGAAUAACGACACGUUUUUUGCUAGAAUUGGGCCAACUGGUGGCAAACAGGGAUACCCAGCAAUCACAGGAAAACCUUCUUGGGGAAUAGCUUGGUACAUAAACGAUCAUCUUAUACCAGAAAUUACUGUAGAACGAGGUCGCACGUACACUUUCAUUGUGGAAGGAGGAGUAGACAACACCAAUCCUGCAAAAUAUCAUCCCCUGUACAUAACUGAUAAUCCUGAAGGGGGAUACGGGCAAAAAACGGAAGAUGAAAGGAAGAGAGAAAAAAUUUUCGCCGGUGUCGGCUACGAUAAAGAAGGAGAACAAAUACCAACGGGGGUUGGACGAUAUUGUGAAUGGAUUCAUCAAACUGUGGACCAGAGUGCAAAAUUCGACUCGUUUGAUGCAUUUUUCAAGACUUUGAGCCUCGAAUGUCAACCUGGCAAUCCGGGAAAAUUAGAAUGGACAGUAGCACAAGACACGCCCAAUUUGGUUUAUUAUCAAAGUGUGGAUGUAAAAUCGAUUUCAAAAAGAGAGAAGAGUAAACCGCAAUAUUUAUUACUUUCAACGGUUUCUCGAACUCUCCUAAUUAUUGUCGGAAAUUCCUCAAAUCAGAUCCUGAUUGGUAUUGUCGUGGAUUUCGUUUGA